AUGGACACGCAGGCAAAGGUGCUGCUUCUUGGCAGGAUUGACCAUGCAACCGCAUCUUGGGAAUCACUCUCACAGCACGCACAACUCGUGAAGCCCCAGUCAACUAGUAGACAAGAGUUUCUAGUCGAACUUCGGAGUGGGAGACUUGACGGCGUAGUUGCCAUAUGCGAUCGAGCACCCUACAGCUUGGCUGUCACUGGAAGAUUCGACAAGGAGUUAGUCGAGGCGCUCCCGAAGAGCCUCAGAUUCAUAUGUCACAAUGGGGCUGGAUAUGACAACAUCGACGUAGCAGCUUGCAGCGAACGAGGCAUUUCCGUCUCCAACUGCCCCGAGGUGGUGGACGAUGCGACAGCUGAUACGGCCGUCUUUCUGAUCUUGGCAGCGCUGAGAGGAUUCAACAACGGCAUCAUGUCCAUCCGGAACAGGACUUGGACGGGCCACGUACCGCCAGGCCCUCUUGGACAUGAUCCUCAAGGCAAAACCCUUGGCAUUCUCGGUCUCGGCGGCAUCGGCGUCAAUCUCAAAAGAAAGAUGGAAAUGUUCGGCAUGAAGGUGAUCUAUCACAACAGAUCACAAUCCAGUUCAUGCGACGGUGCCGAGUAUGUCAGCUUUGAUGAUCUACUUGCAAGGAGCGAUGUGUUGAGUCUCAACUUGCCACUUAACGCCGACACCCGCAACAUUAUCUCAACCAGGGAAUUCGAAAAGAUGAAAGACGGCAUCGUCAUCGUGAAUACGGCCCGAGGCGGCGUUCUAGAUGAAGACGCCCUGGUCAAAGCCUUGGACUCCGGCAAAGUUCUCUCCGUAGGGCUCGAUGUUUACCAAAGCGAGCCCGACAUCCACCCCGGUCUCCUAUCAAACCCACACGUUUGCAUGCUACCGCACAUGGGGACAUCGACUGUGGAGGUGAGUCGCUCUGAAUAG